UAUGCUGUAUGUAUGUAAGUAUGUAUGCUUACAUUUUAAUUAAAUACAGUUUUAAAGUACAUGCACUGUUUGAUCCAUGAGCUUCAGGAGGACCUACAGAGGUCGAGGAUUACAGGACCAGCAGCAAAGCCAGGGGACACUGGAGAGGAAAGAAAAGGAGCUGUUACUGGAUUUAUACCUGAGAGCAGCGCUUUACAAAGGAGAGAGCUUUGACAGAGUAGUGAAGAUACUCCUCUCAUUGUUUUCUGUGAACAAUGACUUACAUAACAUCCUUCUUGAUUUUUACCAACACGUCAAGAGUAAAGGGUGUUCAAGUGUCAUUCCAAAACUGAGAGCACUUUUCCAGUCAGCUCCUGCAGUCUGGUCCAUAAACCUCUCAGAGAGACAGACCUCCAUCCUCCUGGAAGUGCUGAAACUCCAACCAGAGAAGAAACCUGUGGAGCUGACAGGCUGCUCAGAUGAAGAGAGUGAAGUGAGGAGUUUCCUACAGUGUCUGCCUUAUAUCUCACAGCUCAGAUUACAACCCUGGUUUAGAGACUCAAGUGAAGUCAAGUUCUUUGGGAAUCUAUUCUGUGCAGCAGCAGAGAGAGAACAGCAGACAGGAGAGAAGAUACUGGAGCUGUUAUCAUCAGUGUGCAAAUAUCAAACAUUCCCUCUUAAUGACAGAUACAUGGAUGAUGAUUAUUUCAGGAAAUAUCGUUGUGGUUUCCUGCUGGAUCUGUGCUCCCACCUGAAGGACUAUGAGACUAAAACAGGCUUGAGGGUCCUUCCAUCAUUACAGUCAGUUUUCCAGUCAGCUCCUGCAGUCUGGUCCAUAAACCUCUCAGAGAGAAAGACCUCCCUGCUCCUGGAAGUGCUGAAACUCCAACCAGAGAAGAAACCAGUGGAGCUGACAGGCUGCUCAGAUGAAGAGAGUAAAGUGAGGAGUUUCCUACAGUGUCUGCCUUAUAUCUCACAGCUCAGUUUCUCUCAGCUGUUUAGAGGUUCAGGUGGAGUCAAGUUCUUUGGGAAUCUAUUCUGUGCAGCAGCAGAGAGAGAACAACAGACAGGAGAGAAGAUACUGGAGCUGUUAUCAUCAGUGUGCAGAUAUCAAUCAUUCCCUUUUAAUGUAGAAUACAUGGAUGAUGAUGAUGUUGGUGGUGAUGAUUAUUAUAAGGAAUAUCGUUGUGGUUUCCUGCUGGAUCUGUACUCCCACCUCAAGGACUAUGAGACUAAAACAGGCUUGAGGGUCCUUCCAUCAUUACAGUCAGUUUUCCAGUCAGCUCCUGCAGUCUGGUCCAUAAACCUCUCAGAGAGAAAGACCUCCCUGCUCCUGGAAGUGCUGAAACUCCAACCAGAGAAGAAACCAGUGGAGCUGACAGGCUGCUCAGAUGAAGAGAGUGAAGUGAGGAGUUUCCUACAGUGUCUGCCUUAUAUCUCACAGCUCAGGUAAAUGUAUUGAACUUCAUAUGACUUCCGUGUACAUUUUUUGAAACUCACUGUUAGUUUGAAGGUGAAGGUAAAGUGUUCAGGUGAUCAGUCCACAUAAAUGUUACAUCACUGUGUUUAGUUUUAUAGAUGACAUGCUGUUUUAUUCCACGCAGCCCACUGUGUUUAUUCCUACAUUACCCAGAGUUCUGUGCAAUUUAAACACCCUUAGCAAUGCUCCCACAGAGUCCUGCUGAAUAAUUUUUAUUUUUUUAUCACAAUAUG